AACAGGUUUAUAACCUAACUUCUCCGAUUUGUGUUUAUUUAAAUGUGAAAAUUAAACAAAUUAAAAAUGCCUAAGGUAGAAUGUGAAGUUUGUGGUGGUACUGAUUUUUACAAGGAGUCUGGUCAUUAUUUCUGCAAUGAAUGCCAAACCCAAACGCAAGAGAUACAGGAACAUGUUUUUGAAGAAGAACUAGUCAAGUUUAAUGUAAAGAGCACCAGGAAAAUCGAGAAGAACCGGGAUAAAUCGGAAAACAAUAUCACAAGUUGGGAAUGUUACAAUAUUAUACUUUGCAAAUUAACAGAUCAAUUAAUAGAAUUGGGAGCUGACAAAAAAUUGAAGCCUAUUGUUAGAUAUUUGUGGAUGUCCUAUUUAGAAAAACUGGAAAUAAUUAAACCUGGUGAAGACAUUCCCAAAUUACCGGCCGUCAAUUACAGAAAAGAUGCCGAAAUAAUUUAUGGAAUUAAGACGAGUCGAAAACGUCGACGUUCCGUUUCCAGUAGAUCAGGAUCUGAGGCCACAUUAAACACGUCAGUUUCACUGAAACGUGAAAGAAGUAGAAAAAAGAGGGCUUUGGCAGAGUCCCAACUGGAGGAAAUUGCCCAGAAAUCAACGCAAGAAUCGACGUCAUUGUAUAAUGAAACUCUGACGAGCAUAAAAAGCAGUUCAGACAAAAGUUCACCAAGUGUAAUGUACAAUCAGUACGUUCUGAAGGAGCUUCGCAAAAAAUGUGGGAAAACACAUUUAAAACGUCACUCUUCCAAUGUAUCUAUGAAAUGUCACAAAAUUAAACAUUCAAACAUUUCGUAUAAACACAAGGUAACACUUUUGACGCCGACGAAAUUGUAUUGUAUCUUGUACGUCGGUUUGAUGAUUAAUAAGGAUGAUAUUCAGAUUGGCGACUUGUUGAGAUUCAUUAAUGAUGGUCACAUUAGUUUUAAUUACUACAGGAAUUUAUUCCCGGACGACUUUCACCAUAAGAACUUGAACAUUAGGGACAACUCAGUUAAAAGAACCCUGACAAAUUUUAGUUUUAGGAAGAAUGUGGCUCAGAUGAUUAAUUUUUUAAAUUUGCACAAAUAUAUAACUAAACCAGAUUUACCAAAACUUUGCAGGAGGUUUUGCAAAGAACUAAAUUUGCCCGACGAUUUAACGAAUUACGUUGUCAACAUUGUUAAUAAAACGUCACCGAAAUUAAACUUUGCUAAAAACUCGACUAUUUUUCCCAAUUACGAAGGUCGAAUUAUGUCAGUAAUACUUGUUGUUUUGAAAUUGUUGUUUGGGUUUGAUGAUGUGACAGAAUACGAGUUUUCCCGCUAUUCUCAGCUUUGCGAUGAAUAUAUUACCUUCCCUAAAAUGUUCAAUGUUGUUGAUUGGAUGAAAUAUCUACACUAUCGGAGUGUAAUAAUUGAUGAAUACCAUUUUCCUACUCAAUAUAACAAUAACCAGACUACAGUUGAUAGUGAUUUGUAUUUGCAGUUUACUUCCACAAAACCUCCUCAGUUUGAUGAAGAUAUGCAGUUGAAUAAAUAUAUGUCCCAGUACAAGCAAUUGUUGUUAAAAUUGAAGGAUUUACAACAAAACUUUAAUGUAGGUUUAGAAUUUGAACCUAGCCUGACACAGUCGUAUAAUUAUUGUAGAUUCCUGAGUAAAUCUGAAAGUAAUAAACCGUAUCAACACGAAAUUUUAAAUUAUGAGUCGUCAAAUCACAGUAUGGAUUACCUGUUAAAACCUAACAGUUUCUUAAAAUUAAUAAACAAAGGGAAGCACGUAGACACUGUCCAUCACGGCGCGAAUCAAAACUGGAAGAUGAAACGGAUUGAAAAUCUUUACACAGAAAACAAACAGGUAAUGGAAAGUGACGGAACUUUAGUAACUGUUAAAAUGGUCGCUGGUAAAUCUGAUAAUGUUGUCGCCGAUUUAAAACGGCAUGUUGUAGACGACGGAACUCACGAAAAUGCUUUGAACCAGUUUCCGGUGAAUAACGCUGAUGCUUUCGAAAAAAAUACGCGGUUAACGCAACAAAAUCAACUGGUGGAUUUUCAAGCGAGGAACAACGUUAAAAUUAGAGAACAAUAUAUGCAACACUACAAUCCAUUCGAACAAUAUUGGAUAAAUUAUACGUGUUAUUCGGAUACAAUUUCUUUGGAUUAUUUCAACGAGUUUUACAGAUGUUAUCCUGAGAGUUUCCGGCUUAUUUUUGGGGAGUGCGCCCGUAUUUUAGGACAGAGUAUAUUGACGUUCUACUUUGAGUUUCAAUAUACUGAGGCGUAUUUAAUUUACUGCGCCAAUUACACCCCUAGAGAAAAGAACUUGAAGAAAAAUAUUAAAGGGAGAAAAUUGUUGACUAUUGUUAACAGAGCCAAAAAGGUUUGGUAAUGUUAUUUAUGUUGGUUUGUGUGUACUGAACUUGUUAAAUAAUAAACUAAAGUCAUUAUUGAAAAA